UUUCUAUCAGGAAGUUCUGAUAUUAACUGUUCUUUCUUUCUUUUAGCUCUGCAGGUUGGGAACAGUGGUUCUUUCAAUGAAAUUAUCCAUUUCUAUUGGCUACCUGGAGAAGACCUCUCCAUUAUAUGCCACAAUUUCUCACCUGGACCAUGGCGGAUUUUCUGCAGAGAAAACUGUCAAGGAGAAAACGUUCUUAUUAACACAACGUCUAAUAAAGAAACAAGUGGAAGAAACAGCAUUGAAUAUUCUGAAAGAGUUCAUGACAAGUCUUAUAAUUUAACUGUGAGAGUUUCUAAUGUGACCCACUCUGACUCUGGACUGUACAGAUGUGGUCUGAGCGACUCUCCUUCUACAUUCGUAAAAUUCAAAGCUGUUGUUGCAGAAGCUCUGCUGGAUGGAAGCAAAGAUCAUCACCUCUAUAAAGACGCUGGCAGCUCUCUGACAGUCGCCUGUUUCUUUGGUUUCUGGGGAAAAACCAAAUAUUUCUGCAGAGGAGGAUGUGAAGAAGAAGAAAACAUUCUUGUUUACACCGAUGGAGUCAGAGCUCAGAGCGGCAGAUACAGCAUUGGUCAUAGCAAACACAAAUCUUCAGAUGUUUUUUAUGUGACCAUUAAGAAUCUGACCCAGUCUGACUCCGGACGAUACAGAUGCCUUUCGUAUUUAAGCUCUGAAAAAAAAUUAUACGUGGAUUUUAACAUCGUCACAAAUGUCUCCUCUGAAACCACUGGUCCGUCACCUCUGGACCAGAAUUACAGAGCAACAUCUACAGAUCUUCCUCUGAUUGUGAUUGUUGUGACUCUGGCCGUCAUCGUCGUCCUGCUAUCAGCUGCUCUGAUUGUUUCCUACAGGAAGAGAUCUCUGAGAGAUCUGGAGAUGAGAGGCUAUGGCAGCCAACUAAUGGAGACUGUCGCCCGUAAGCAGAGCCCCUCUGGAGACUUGAUUUAUGAGAACAUUGAAUCUCCCAGCAACAACCAGAAGGAGAACUGAUCAGAUACACGUGGAGCUAAAACAAAUAUUUUGUGAGAAAAAAUAAUAAUAAUUUUGUCCCUCAUUUCACAAA